AUGCAAGUUUCGUUCACCGAGCGCGACUCGAUUGAAUACGCGACGAGGUGGAAGGGUGGCGCGCAAAAUGACACGCGUUGCGGUAUCGGAGUAAUUGUUACGGGGCAUUACAAAACCACGAAAUGGGGAGUGACAGCUGUAACAGCGAUGGUGGAAGUUAGGAGAACAAGGGAGAGAAUGGCACGCGACCUAUCAUCUUGCGUGGCGAACAAUUUCGCGUUGCUCUCGCCUGUCAUCUCACCUCAGUCAGAUGGAUGCUCGAGUGCUUCUGAAAUGCGUUCGUCGCCUCUUCGCGACAGUCUGCCUUCCACGUACGAGCAGGCAUUCUUCGCUGCAGGGUGUUUAAGUCUCUUUGCUCGCGAGGUUUUGUCGUAAUUAUUCCUCUUGCUCUCCGCGUUUUACGUUCUCGCCGCAAUUCUGCUUGCUCCUUGUUAAUUGUUCGAACGAUUAUUUAAUUUGUCUCCGCAUUCUCGCUUGUUUCCCCAAUUAGCUGGAAGUUUGAAGCAUCGGAUGGAAUCUGUCCCUGGAAGAUAUGAACGUUACAACUACAAGUUUCAUUUAAAAAAAAAAAAAAAAAAAUUAAUUACGUUUGAAGAUAUUAA